AUGUCACAAGACAACAGAUGCACUGAAGAGACUCCUUUGCUUGACUCUGAGAAACAGCAGGCAGCCGCGAAGGGGAAACCUGCCGAUAACAAGAAUGUCGCUUUCUCCGCCGAUGCGGAAAGCAGUUCGCAACAGCUGGAGGAACCGCCAACCCUCGCGUACAACGGCGUUUCCACGGAACCUCCAGUUACGGUUCCAACGAUCACAUGUCGGGUGUGCCAUGCAUCUAUCGACAUAUCCGGCAAAACUCACCAGCAUGUGGUAAAGUGCCCGCAGUGCACAGAAGCAACGCCUAUUAGACCACCUCCACCGGGUCGAAAAUACGUCCGAUGCCCCUGUAACUGCCUUUUGAUUUGCAACCAGUCGUCCAGUAGGAUCGCUUGUCCUCGAGCGAACUGUAAGCGGGUAAUAACCCUCGGUUUGAGUCCUAUCGGCAGAGCGGUUCGUGCUCCACCCGGAACCCAAAGGAUCAGCUGUGCAUAUUGUGAUGAAAUAUUUAUGUACAAUGUGCUGAACAAGCGUCUCGCAAAAUGCCCACAUUGCGGCAGAGUGUAA